AGCGAUUCCCCCAGAUUUAAAUUUAAAUCGCUGUCAACCGUCCCUAACCUUAAAAAAAAUGCCACUUUCACCAAACCUCCUCCAACGCUUGGCCGAACUCAAAAAAUGGCAAGAAAGCCACGAGGAUUUACUCAAAAAAACAAUUAUCAACACCAGUGCAAACGCGACCACAUUAUCGGACUACCAAACCAUUGACGGUCUUUCAGCCUUUGACUCCUCAAACGAACACUCCCGUAAAAACUGGGAGAGUCAGGUAAUUUCCCCCACGAAAACCUUCCACGAACUACUUGAAGAAAAACUCGCUCUUGAUCCGGGCCCUGGGGCUGCGCCCCCUAAACCGAAACGCCCCUUUUUAAAAAAGGGGGCCGGUUUGGAGCGUUUCCGCAUGAAAACGCGCCCCAAAUUGAUUAAAAAAUCGAAAGGGGAGAAAGAAAAUGAUAAUGUGACUCCUCUGAGGGCCCCCGAUUUGGUGGUGAGGCCCAAGGCCACGUGGGGGCCCCCCGGCGAGCAAACACUGUACGAGAAGGCGCUAGAGAAGGAGUUGAGGAUUUUUGAGGCUUUGGAGGAAAAGGCCGAGAAUAGUAGCUUUUGUUCAACGAAUUCUAGCGUUGUGAGGAUUUUGUCAAGCACUCCGAGUAAAAAAGGGGGCGAUGAUGUGAUAGAGACUGAGUUGGAGCGCAAAGACAUUGCGGAGAUUUUAUUGAGGCUUAAGAAUUUGGCCGAGGGACGGAUGAAGCCCCCCGAUGUACCCUCGAUUAUUGAGGCUUCUGAUGAGGACAAGUGGACCAGUAGUGAGGUUUCAAGUGUCUCAUCGGGGGAUUUAGAGGAGACUCUGACAGCCCCAAAACGUGAUAUAGGAGUUGGGACUGAGGCAAGCAAUGAUUGUGCAAUUUGUGGUGAUAAACUCAAGAAAAAAAUUAUUGAAUACGACGACAAACUCAAUGAUUUAAUUGAGGAUAAAAACCGGAUAAGUGAGCUACGAAAACAGUUGGAGCAAAAAGAGCGCGAUUUUUUAAAACGCAAGCACGAAUUUGAGGACCAAAGAGCGAAUUUUGAGUACGAAGCGGACAUUGAACGAAAAAAACUUGCAAAAGAACGACAGGCGUUUCAAAUGUUCAUGAAAGAGUCACAAAAUCGCCCAAACAAAAAAGAACGGCAAGAAAUAAGCAACUUGAAGCAAGAAGUGGCCGAUUUGAGUGAAACUUUAAAGCUAAAAGAGUCAAAAAACGGAAUGACCCAAGCCCGCCUUCGCAACCAAAUCAAACAACUCGAAAAGGAAAAUUCGCAACUCAAGACUGAAAUUGAAAAAUUAACGAAAGAAAACGCCAAACUUUCAGCAACGCAAAAACUGAACAGAAAAUCAUCCGAUUCGAAAAUUUUGCACGAAAUCAACAAAAACAUAACUAAACUAACAAACCAGGCAAAAAAUCACGAAAAAAAUGUAAUGCUGGAUCAGAGUGAGUCGUUUCUGGUCAUGGCACCCCCUCUAGCGGACGAAUGCAACAACGGCGGUGCCAACCAAUCAGAAACGAGCGCCUUUAACUCCAACCAAUCACAAGUGACGUACCCCAACGGCAAUAUUAAAACAGUGUCACCCGAUGGUAACUUUAUAACUGUUAAAUUCUUCAAUGGUGACCGCCAGGAAACUAAUUUAUUGGACGGAACCGUUAAAUAUUUUUUCACCAAUCGUAACAUCACCCAAACUACGUUUGCCGACGGUUUGGAAGUAGUCGAAUUUCCUGAGGGGGUUAUUGAGAGGCGUUUUCCGGACGGCAGGUGCGAAAUUACGCUCCCAGAUGGCGCUGUGCAAACAACGCUACCUGACGGCGGUACGGAAACUAAGUACACCGACGGCUCGAUUGUCAAAAUUGCGCCAAACGGCGACAAGGUUUUGCUUCUAGCCAAUGGGCAAAAGGAAAUCGAGACAAAAGAAUACAAGAGUCGCGAGUAUCCCGAUGGUACUGUUAAAAUUUUGUACCGAGAUGGGACCCAGGAAACGAAGUAUGCCAAUGGGCGUGUGAGGAUUAAGGAUUCUAACGGGAAAUUGGUUCUAGACACGCAUUUAUGAUAUUAUUUAUUGUAUUAUGGUACUAAUUGAUUAUUUUCCGUAA